AUUGGAAACAAUUCCUAAGCACACUAAUAGUUGGACCUUUGUAGGUGUUUCAUGUUUCACCUUAAGUUGUGAAUGCUGCAGAUGUAUGGGAAUGGUUGCACUAGUGAAUAUUGUGAGACUGUUUAGCAAACCGGGGCUUCGAGCAGUGACCUGCAAGUGAAACAAACAAUGACAAACUAUGAGAAAAAAUUUUAUAUGAGCAGAUGCACAUGCAAAUAGUCUUGUUUGCACUAAUUGACAGACAGUAUAUGAUAUAAAAAAACUCGUGACUUUGCAAAAUGAAUUAUAUGCCUUCUAAAGUUGGAUACAGUUUCAAUAAAGCAGAUUUGGUCAGCAGCCUAAUUUACUACCGGAUUUCGAAGUUUGUUAGUCUAGUUCGUCAGUAAGUGCGACAAUAUCUUUCAUUUUCUGCUAACCUUUAUAUAGGUUUAUUGGUAAUUACAAUAUUUCAUUUACCACAGACUUGUCACAUGUGGUAACGUUUUUUAGUCUUUAACACUUGGUUUCUUUGAUGUUAGCGAGUUUUCUCCUAAUUUCACCAUAGGGUUUUCGGUUCAUUCCUCAUCAGCAUCGCAAAAAAAUAUAUUCAGAUAUUACAAUACACUGACUGGACACACUAAGGAUGUUUCAUGUAACGGAAGUAUUACAGAAGGUUUUGAAACAAACAUAUUUGGUGUAAACUCUUGGGUUUUAUACGAGCAUUCAACUACUAAUAAAUGUUCUCUGUGUGAAUUGCCAUAUCCGCAUAAGCAAAUAUGUGUUCUUUUCUCUUAUUGUAGUUGUGAACGCUAUUUGCAAUGUUGGACGAUUCAGAAACUUACAAAUUGUGGCGUAUCCGUAAAACCAUUCUUAAGAUGUGCAAAGACAGGGGUUACCUUGUGAUGCCGAAAGAAUUAGAGCAGACACUUGAAGACUUUAAAGCAACGGUUGGUGACCCUCCAACUAGAAAAGAUCUCCUCAUGGUUGUUAAUCAUGAAGAAGAUCCUGCUGAUAUGCUGUAUGUAUUCUUUCCCGAAGAAGAAAAGGUUAAUAUGAAGACUGUUCGAGCGUACUUAAAUCAAAUGCAGCAAGACAGUACUUAUCGAGCUAUUUUGGUCCUUCAGGAGAGAGGCCUCACACCUUCCGCAAAAACAGCUAUUGCUGAACUUUCUUGCAAGUACACUUUAGAGUGUUUUUUUGAAAACGAACUCAUGGUUAAUAUAACGGAACACCAGCUGGUUCCUCAACACAAUGUCCUUACUCAAGAAGAGAAAAAGGAAUUGCUUGAAAGAUAUCGGUUAAAAGAAAGUCAGCUUCCAAAAAUGCAGGCAAGCGAUCCUGUUGCCCGAUAUUAUGGUCUGAGAAGAGGUCAAGUUGUACGCAUCACACGACCAUCAGAAACAGCUGGACGAUAUAUUACUUAUAGAAUAGUUUUAUGAAUAUUUUGUGCAAACUGUAACUUUUUUUAUCAAGAAUGUCAUUACGCUGUAUCAUACCACACAUUUUGACUUGUAAAUUUUCUUGAGUCAAAUCGAUUCAGGAUGGUCAAUAAAUGCUUAUUAAUACA